UGCAGCUGUUACGUUUACAACGAGAGCACCGUGUUAGCGAAAGCUUGUGGCGAGCGGCGAUGGGCGGGCCCGGAGGAAGGGUGGGCACGGGGCGUCGAACGAUGGCACCCGGGCUGGGAGGUCAGGUCGCGAGGAACCUGGAGGAGAGUCAGGUGGUGGAGGCCCGGGAGGCGCAGGACACCAGGACAGUGACGGAGCGCGUUUGGCAGCACCUGGCCAGCGUCCCGUGCCAGGACCACCAGCACACCGACCCUGUCAUCGUUCCCCAGACCUCCUCCACGUGGACGCCGCAUAAAGAGCCCGUGCCGGGGUCGGUGGCCUACGUAACAACAGGAGGAGACUACGGCAGGUUCCCCCGUGGCUCCGAGGCCCUUGGACGCCCGCCCGUCAACCACUCCCUCAGCACCCGCUUCACGCACCACCUCGCUGCCUCUGGGAUGUUCAGGAAUCAUUCCCUGAACAUGUGACUUUGCAGGAAGCAUUGUUCGAAUCGGGGAAAUAUGCAAAGGGAUUUGCCCCGGUCCACCAUUCGCCUCCGCCAAGCGCUCUCUCGUUUCAGAAUUCCUUGGGAUUUUCUUCUCGUUGCUAAUUGCAUUUUGUUUAACGCUAGUUUAUCCUGAGGUGAACUGGAGGCAAGAUCGCUUCUUUGGGAAUAAAUCUUAAUCUUAUUUUCAUCUGAUUUCCUUCGCUGUUUUUUAUCUUCUCGCUUUAUAUAUUGAUGCUUCCAAAACCAACCAAUAUCUACGAAAAUUUACAUUGGGUGAUAUAGCCAACCACCGAUUGCACAGAAAAAAAAAACAUGCUUCUGCUGCAACCUUUGCUACAAAAUCGGACAUUUUCAGUCGCAAGCAAAAGGGCAAGACAGUUCUCCGAUUCCGACUAGAAAACAGCCAGCCGCUUUUCCCUCACUUCGGAGUCUUAAGCAGCAUACAGCACUGACUGCAUGACCCAUGGAGGCGGACCGUCAGUCGUAAUCAUGGUCGUAGCGAUGACGUAGUGAUGGUGAUAACACGGUCUAUGAGUGAGCUGUUGUAAAUAAAAGUCGCUGAAUUCAA